AUGGGGUUGCUCACUUCCAUUGCUUGUUAUCUUGCUAUUCUUGCAAUUUCUGUACCUAUUGCACAAUCCCUGCCAUACCUCCCAGAAGAAGCAGACUGGAAUAUCAAUCAAAAUCAGACAGCGACACACCCCCUCGACUACUCGGGCCGAUGGCAAGACCACACAUUUCACCCCUCGCCAGAUAACUGGAGAUUCCCUUUUUACACCAUAUUCGUCGACAGAUUUGUUAAUGGCGAUCCAAGUAACGAUAAUGCAAAUGGCACACAGUGGGAACACAUCUUGACCUCCAAUGAGUUCCGUCAUGGCGGCGAUGUUCUUGGAUUGAUUGAUACGUUUGAUUACCUUCAGGGAAUGGGUAUCAAGGGCGUCUAUCUCGCUGGGACACCGUUUAUCAACUUCCCCUGGGCUGCGGAUGGGUACUCUCCGCUUGACCUAACUCUGCUAGACCAUCACUUUGGUACAAUCGAGAACUGGCGUACAAUGAUAUCUGAGGCCCAUCGACGGGGGAUGUAUGUUAUUUUUGAUAAUACCUUUGCAACAAUGGGUGAUCUUAUUGGCUUCAAGGGUUUCUUGAACCAGUCUGCGCCAAUAAAUCCUAACGAGUACGACUAUGUAUGGAAGAAAGAUCGUCGUUACUGGGACUUUCAGCCUGGAAAUGAAGUUGAGAGCGAAUGUCCAUGGGAUUAUCCUCGGUUCUGGAAUGAUGAAGGUACCGGUCUGACUACCACAGCCCUUGGUCCUUCAUGUCGGAAUAGUGAAUUUGAUCAGUAUGGAGAAGUUGCCGCUUUUGGAAACUACACGGAAUGGGAAGGACAGAUAUCCAAGUUUGCAUUUGUGCAAGAUCGUCUACGUGAAUGGCGGCCGGAUGUGUUAGCCAAGAUCAAACACUUCUCGUGUCUAACCAUCACCAUGCUUGAUAUCGAUGGAUACCGCGUUGACAAGGCUUUACAGGUUACCCUCGACUCUCUUGGAGAAUGGUCCGAGUAUAUGCGAGAUUGCGCCGCCAAGAAGGCAGGGAAGAACAAUUUUUUUCUUCCUGGAGAGAUUGUUGCGGGAAACUCUUUUGGCUCGCUUUAUAUCGGUCGCGGUCACCAGAAAAAUCAAACCAUCCCCAACAUGACGGAAGCAUUUAUGAUGACGAACCAGACAAACAAGUCAAAUCAGGAUCUUUUCUUGAGACCUGCGGAAAGGUCCACUUUAGACGGGGUGGCGUUCCAUUACACUUUAUAUCGUGGUCUGAGCCGGUUUCUAGGGUUAGCUUUUCUCCCUCGCGUCUUUCAGUUCGCUCAAGCUAACAUCGUCCCGUUCAGUCUAGACGGCAUCUACACUGCCGAAGGAGAUCCGCCCGUCAACUUUGUGGAGACCUGGAAUAGUUUUGUGGAGACUAAUGAUAUGGUCAACAUAAACACCGGAAAAUUCGAUCCUCGUCACCUGUUUGGUGUCACGAACCAAGAUGUCUUCAGGUGGCCAGGGAUCAAAAACGGGACACAAAAGCAGAAUCUUGGUCUUUACAUCGCUACGUUGCUCAUGCCUGGAAUCCCCAUUCUCUCCUGGGGCGAGGAACAGAAUUUCUAUGUACUGGACAGCCAGGCUGACAACUAUGUUUUCGGUCGCGGACCCAUGUCAUCUGCUCAGGCAUGGCAGCUGCACGGAUGCUACAAGCUGGGAUCUUCAAAAUACGUUGAUUUCCCGCUCGACCGCUCCCUGACAGGAUGUGAAGAUGACUCCGUCAGUCUCGAUCAUCGCGAUCCUUCACACCCAAUACGAGGCCUGAUCAAGAUGAUGUUUGAGAUGCGUCAAAACUAUCCGGUUUUGAAUGAUGGCUGGUACUUGCAGCAAUUGUCCAACCAGACCUUUGACAUCUACCUUCCAGGCAGUAAUGGAACAGCGACCGAGACUGGGAUGUGGAGUGUCAUGAGAUCGCGCUUUGUGGAUGCGCAGAAUUUUGAUGGCCAAGGCCAGGGGAACCAGACCGUCUGGCUGGUUUAUUCUAAUGACAACAAAACAGUCGAGCAUCAGUUCAACUGCAGCAGUAAGGACGCUUUGAUCUCGCCAUUUCCCACGGGAACGACAGUCAAAAACCUUUUUCCACCGUUCGAGGAAUUUACGCUGACAAAGAGCUCUACAAAGCUUGGAUUUGAAGGAUCUGACAUUCCCAAUGGAUGUUAUCCAAACUUAACCAUGCCUGCCUGGGGGUUCAAAGCCUUCGUUCCAAAGCACAAAUUCGUGCAGCCUUCCCCAUACAUAACACGCUUCUCCCCAGGACAUGAUGCUCGACUUGUUUCCCAGGGAACAAGUGGGGAGAGGGUACGAAUUGGCUUCGAAUUCUCUCAGGAGAUGGAUUGCAGGGAUAUCACAAACUCGCUGACGAUCACGUCCAAAGCGCUUCACAACGAGAGCCCACAGCUUGACACAACCUCGGUCUCUUGUAAACCUAUUCAUGAGACUGACGUUGUGACAUGGCCUGGGGCACUGACUAGCGUUUUCAGCUACGAGAUAUAUUUGGAAAAUGUCUUUCCAGGGGUCCACAGACUCACGCUCAGCAAUGUGACCACAGCAGAUGGAAAUAAUUCCACUGGCUCCACCGACCAUUUCCUUUUCCGUAUUGGACAGAUAAAUAAUCCAAUGGUAUGGCCACAGUUAGCCAACUACAGCAGAACGCUACUGUUUGACAACCCGUCGUCUGAGACUGAGCCAAUCUCAGUAAUGCCACAGGCUCCCGGCGCAGAUAUGUGGCGAUACUCGCUGGACUUUGGAGCUACAUUCAGUGCCUGGAUGACCUAUACCGGCUUCAACACAUCAAUCCCCGGCAAAAAUUGGACCGGCACUACGAAGCAGGCCUGGGAAGGAGAACACAUCCUUGCCCAAUACUGGAGCAAGUUGACUGGAAGUAGUGCUCACUGGCAGCAUGGAGACACGCAAUGGGAAUACAAGCCUCCCCGUCGCUUCCCCAAUCUCUUCAUUGAAGGGGAGUUUAACCAAUUCGGGUAUGACGCUGGCUAUUCAAACAAAAUGGCUCUUAGCAACGUCACUGGUCUGUGGGAAAUUCACUUCAUGGGCGAAUGGCCCGUGCAGGUUGCGUUCAACGCCUGGGGCUUAAACGAAGACGGCCUGCCCGAUCAGACACAGGUAUAUGGGGACAUUGAUGGCGACAACGUUCUAGACCAGGUCCCUCCGGUCACGCUGCUGAGCAAUGUAUUCAAUGUCACGAUCCCACCCCCUUCGCCCUAUCUUUCCUUCAAGUUGUCGGUUGGUGAUGGCGAUCUCAAGGUCUACGCCACGCCUACAGGAUCCAGAUGGGUUCAACUGGCCAUAUUCAUCGUGCUAGCAAUUGUGCCUGUCACCACCGCUGUCGGUACGGUUUAUGUUUACCUGAAGGCUUUUUACCAGGUCAAGUUCAACCAAAUCGGUGUCACCGAAAAGAUGUCAAGCUUCGCUCCACUGGUGAGCGUCUUUCAAAAGAUGACCCAUCGAGCUAAUAGCAGGGAAUCCAAUCCCAGACAUACUCUAGCCGAUGUGAGCUCGCUCCCAUCGGAAAGUGGAGGCAUCGUCGGUGCAACGGUAACUACCUGCCGACGAACCGUGCUCAUUGCAACGAUGGAAUACGAUAUUGAGGAUUGGGCCAUUAAGAUCAAGAUUGGUGGGCUCGGUGUGAUGGCCCAGCUGAUGGGGAAGCACCUAACCCAGCAGGAUCUUAUAUGGGUAGUCCCUUGUGUUGGAGGAGUUGACUAUCCUGAGGACGAUCCUCGUGAGCCGAUGGUAAUCACCGUUCUCGGGAAUAACUACCAAGUAGAUGUCCAGUAUCAUCGGCUCCACAACAUCACGUACGUCCUGUUGGACGCGCCUGUGUUCCGAGCUCAGUCCAAAUCAGAGCCGUACCCUGCCCGUAUGGAUGACUUGAACUCAGCCAUAUUCUACUCUACUUGGAAUCAGUGUAUUGCUGAGGCUAUCAGGAGAUUCCCGACUAUCGACCUUUAUCACAUCAACGAUUAUCAUGGCGCCGCUGCCCCUCUCUACCUUCUACCUCGCACAAUUCCAUGCUGCCUAUCUCUACAUAAUGCUGAAUUUCAAGGACUCUGGCCAAUGCAAACUCCACAGCAAAAUCGAGAGGUUUGCAGUGUCUAUAAUCUUGAUCAAGCAUUGGUGAAGAAGUAUGUGCAGUUUGGCGAGGUGUUCAACCUUCUUCAUGGAGCUGCCAACUAUUUGAAAAUCCACCAAAACGGAUUCGGCGCCGUUGGUGUCUCCAAGAAAUAUGGCAAGAGAUCGUACGCCAGAUAUCCUAUUUUCUGGGGUCUUAAGAACAUUGGGGCGCUACCAAACCCCGAUCCAUCUGACAUCGCCGUAUGGGAUCAAAACGCAAACCACAAUCUCCAAGACGUUGUUAUCGAUGCAGAGUUUGAAGCCAGUCGUGUUGAGCUUAAGAGACAAGCACAGGAGUGGGCAGGGCUCAUCGUUGAUCCAGAGGCCCAGCUAUUUGUGUUUGUCGGUCGUUGGUCUAUGCAAAAGGGCGUUGAUCUCAUUGCAGACAUCUUUCCCUCCAUUCUAGAUGCUCACCCCAAGGUCCAGUUGAUGUGCAUCGGUCCAGUCAUUGAUCUCUACGGAAGGUUUGCCGCGUUGAAACUGAAUCGACUUGUAGAGCUCUACCCUGGGCGGGUCUUUUCCAGACCAGAGUUUACUGCACUACCACCCUUCAUUUUCAGUGGCGCUGAAUUUGCCUUGAUUCCUUCGCGCGAUGAACCAUUUGGUCUCGUGGCCGUGGAAUUCGGACGAAAAGGAGCAUUAGGCGUGGGAUCACGUGUUGGUGGUCUUGGGCAGAUGCCCGGAUGGUGGUACACAAUCGAGUCUAUGACAACAAAACAUCUUAUUAAACAAUUCAAGAUGGCCAUCAGUGACGCUCUAAAAUCAUCCCAGGAGACACGAGCGCUCAUGCGUGCACGAUCCGGCAAGCAGCGCUUCCCCGUAGCACAGUGGGUUGAGGAUCUGGAAACGCUACAGACCACCUCAAUUGAAAAACAUGUGAAGUACUCUAAACGCCACGACCGCAGUUCAUUGAGAAUUUCCCGUGGCAGCACCCUUGUCCCCGAAAGCAUUCCCAAAGUCUCGUCGAGCUCAGACAACAGCCGCGAACAGAGCCGUUCACGCAGCCAUACCAUGUCUGUCCCGCCAAGCAGACCAAUUACGACUGAUACGAGACUGUCUGGACCUCGACCGGGUUUUGAAUACGCCCUCUCGCCGACAAAUUUAUCUUCCAGUCAAAAUAUGCCCGACGAGCCUGAAUUUGACACCGACCCAAGACGCAGACCCUUGUACUCUAACCCUCUCACAGACUCACGAAUUGUUUACACUGCGGCAAGCGAUGGAGAAGAUCUCGAGCCUAUUUCUUGGGCAGUCCAAGAGGACGGCAGUGUUUCUCCAUCACCACUUGGGACACCUAAUAUUUAUUUCGCUCGGUCCGGUGCUAGCACACCAGUUCUCGGUACAGGAUCAGAAGAUGGUCUGCCGGGUCGAAGAGAGGCAAGAGCAUCCAUGAUGAGUCUGGUCAGCGUCGAUGAUAUAGUCCGAGAGAAGCAAGACUACAAGCUUCAGAAAGUUGAUCCCUUUUUCACGGAUGCAAAUAAUGAGUACGCGGAUAAGUUUGAGAAGAAGCUUACGGAUCUGAAUGGCAAGAACUCCGAGGGCCAGCUCUGUAUCGAAGAAUUCCUCGAGAAAAGUGAAAAGGACUGGUUUAACCGAUACCGCGAUGUUAAACUGGGCAAAUCUCCCUUGCCGUCUCCUGCUCCCUCUGUCUUUCGCUUCAAGGUUCAUGAAACCAGUCGACCAGAGACCCCGCCAAUCACCAUUCCAGGUGCAGGCCUUAAUACCAGGCAGUUCCUUCUUCCACAUGACUAUGUUCCCCCCACGGGUUUGAAGCGUUUUAUGCUGAUGAAGCUGGGUGAUUGGCCUGUUUACUCCAUCUUCCUCGCUAUUGGCCAAAUCCUUGCCUUGAACUCGUAUCAGAUCACCCUUUUGAACGGUGAGAUUGGACAGACCGCUGAAAAGCUAUACAUUUUGGCAUCCAUUUAUCUUGCCUCUUCGAUCAUAUGGUGGAUGGUCUUCCGUCUGGUCCCCUCAGUCUAUGUACUGACGAUUCCAUUCUUCAUAUAUGGGGUUGCCUUUUUGUUUGUCGGUCUUCCCGGUGCCAUACACAACAGCACGAGUCAAACAUGGCUGCAAAACGUGGGAAUCGGCUUGUAUUCUUUUGCGUCUUCGAGUGGUUCAAUUUUCUUCGCCCUCAACUUUGGAGAUGAAGGCGGAGCUCCCCUGAGGUCUUGGAUUUAUAGAGCCACCGUUAUCCAGGGCACUCAACAGUUGUUCAUCAGUUUCCUUUGGUACUGGGGCAGCUGGAUGGCAACUCUCAAUCAAAAGGGCAGUACACAAUUCAGCCUUGCAAUAACCAAUCCAGGUGCUUUGCUCGGAAUUGGACUCGGACUCGCCGGUCUCAUGUGGCUGCUGGGAGCCCUGGUCUUCUUUGGACUUCCUGCAUAUUAUAGACAAGCACCAGGUCAAGUCCCGACAUUCUAUCUAUCGCUCUUCCGCCGUCGCAUCAUUCUUUGGUUUUUCUACAUGGUGUUCAUAUCAAACUACUGGCUGUCGGCACCGUACGGACGAAAUUGGCUCUAUCUCUGGUCCAGCAAGCAUGCAGAAGUGUGGCAGAUCGCGCUCCUUGUCCUCUUCUUUUUCAUCAUUGUCUGGGCAGCAGCUCUCUGGGUCUUCCACGUCUUUUCCAAGAGACAUGCCUGGUUCAUCCCAAUUUUUGCCAUCGGGCUUGGUGCUCCUCGGUGGGCACAGAUCCUAUGGGCAACCUCCAACAUAGCGACAUAUAUCCCCUGGGCCGGUGGUCCCGUAGCUGGAGCUAUCCUUGGUAGAGCACUUUGGCUCUGGCUAGGAGUUUUGGAUUCCCUUCAGGGUGUCGGGUUCGGAAUGAUUCUUCUCCACACAAUGACUCGAUUCCAUGUCACCUUCACACUUUUAGCCGCACAGGUGGUCGGUUCCAUUGCGACUAUCCUCGCCCGCGCGACAGCACCGGAUAAGUUGGGCCCUGGUGAUGUUUUCCCUGAUUUCUCUGCUGGUGUCGCAGCUGGCUUGGGGAAGGCAGACUUCUGGGUCUGUUUACUUUUCAUGCUAUCCAUCAACGUGCUAUGCAUUUUCUUCUAUCGUAAGGAACAGCUCACGAAGCCUUGA